UUGUCUCGACUCUCGAAUUCGUUCCAUCCUAUUCCAUCCACGAACCUGUUUAUAUAUUGUUAACACUCACUGACAGCUUCAGUAUUAUUGACUUCGUUAGUGCGAUAAAUUACAAAAUUAUUAAUCGAGGUGUUAAUGCGACAUAUAAUCUGAUUAAUUUUAAUUUUAAAUAACAAUUUUACGAUGCGUCAUGUAAAGAUGAAGUUGUGCCACUUUACGAAACGACUUAAGAUGAUUCGGAUUUAACGUUGAUUGAUUGUUGACUAUGAUAUUACAUUAUUGAAAAAAAUUUUAAUGGCAGAAAUCAAUAAAAAUGAUUUUGAAAUUUAAAUGAAUGCCAAUCAGGAUGUAUAUAUGCAUAUAGGUAUAUAAGUAAACGUGAGACAUAGUAAAAAUCAAUUGAAGUUGCUAUAAUGAACAUACAAGUGUUUUUUGCGUGGAAAAAUAUCUCGAUUGUUCUAUGAAUUAUUUUUCUUUCUAUCUUUUAUACUAAUCUGAACAUGUUUUCAAUCGUGUAUAAUUUGUGGCCAAUGAUGAAAGAUAUUAUAGUUCAAUACAUUGACUUGGAUUUUACAUUGUGGCUGACGUGGCUCUUAAUGCCACUCCUUGUAACAUUUCUACUCCCACUUUUUAUUGUACUACUGAUAUACUCAACUGCCUUAGUAUUAUAUAUCUACAAGUGGCACAGGAUAAGAUUAAGAAAUGUUUAUGGUACUCCAUGGCGAGAGGCAGCUCUUCAUAUGCUCGCAGUUGCCUAUGAUGCACAUGGCUGGAUUUGGCAUGGAUAUGAAAUUGUGGGCUUAGAGAAUAUUCCUCAGGACAAACCAGUAUUAUUCAUAUAUUACCAUGGAGCUAUUCCAGUCGAUAUAUAUUAUUUUGCAGCCAAAAUAUUUCUAUAUAAUUCGAAAUUAAUCCGUAUGGUAGCAGACCGAUUUCUCUUCAAAAUUCCUGGUUGGUCCAUAGUGGCUGAUGUUAUAAAAAUUAUACCUGGUACAGUUCAAUCGUGUUCUACUAUCUUAAAAGAAGGAAACAUGCUUGCUAUUUCUCCGGGUGGCGUAUAUGAAGCUCAGUUUGGGGAUUCCUAUUACGAACUUAUGUGGCAGAAAAGAAUGGGCUUUGCAAAGGUUGCUCUAGAUGCAAAAGUGAGUAUAGUUCCUUUCUUUACGAAAAAUCUCAGAGAAUCGUUCAGAACAAUAAGUUGGGGAAGAAGAAUAUGGCUAAAGAUAUAUGCCAAGACAAGGCUUCCUCUUGUACCGAUUUACGGUGGUUUUCCAGUAAAAUUGGUAACAUAUGUAGGCAAACCUAUUCCAUAUGAAGAAAACCUUACACCCGAAGAGUUGCAGAUAAAGGUUGCCGAUAGUCUUAGAGAUUUGAUAAGAAAACAUCAAAAAGUACCUGGUAGCAUUACACGGGCUUUGAUGGAAAGAAUAUAUAAUACAGAGAAAUAUAAAAAUUUACGAUAAUCUGCAUUUAAAUAAUGUACUUAAUAUGACACGAUACUUUUAAAAGUUAUUUGGUUUCUCUUUUUAGAUAAUAGUGAUGAUAAAGAGAAUACAAAGAUAAAAGAAUAUAAAUAAACUUGAUCUAUUCGAUGUGUAUAGAAAUAUAUAUUAUUUAUAAAUUUAUAUAAUUUAUAUAAUAUAAAUUAAUUUAUUUUAUAUAUUUGUACUUAAAUAUAGUGGCUUAUUAUGAAAAAGACAGUUUAUUUAUAUUUUUUAAUUGAAAUGUGAUCAAUUCAAAGUGCCAGAAAAUGGCAUGCAAUUUGAAGUGGUUAUAUCGUCAUUAUUUUGUUACGUAUUUUGUAAGUAUGAAAACAUAAAUGUGAUUAUUUAAUAGUUACGUGUAUUUCUAUAUUUUACCUCUUGUUCCCUAUAAUUUCUCUAUUUCAAAACUUAUAAAAUAAAGGUAUAAAUUACUUAUUGUUAUUGUUGUCCUUUUUCUUUUAUUGUAUGCUUUUGUUUUAUAUAAACAACCAUUAUCGUUAUUAUAAUCAGUAACUGUAAAGAAAAGUAAUAUUUUUAUAUUAAAUUUUUGAAUCUAUCAAUAUACGAUGGAAAGAUGACAAAGACAUGUUGAAUAUCUGUACAUGAAAACAAACAAUUAAUCUGUGAUAUAACCCGGUAGUGUGGCCUGGAAUUCUUCUAAUAAUUUAUCAAACGUGGCCUCCAACUCGGCACUCGAAAGCUGCGGUGGAGGCGAUGAAAAUGAUUCCAAUCGUCGUAAUCGAUAUCUUUGCAUUUUGCCGAACAAAUCGGGAAAAUUAUUGAGCAGCAUUAUAAACGAUGCCAAUACUUUUCUUGGGCGAUGGUUAACAUUAAUGGAAGUCAUUCAAAGAUCACACUUAAUACAAAAAAUAUUUUUAUCGAGUGCACAGCAACUGAUCUUACAAAGGUACGUGAAUUUACAUUGUUUAAUUUUAAUCUGUAUAUAUUUAUUGACAAAAAAUACUUAAAAUAGAUGCUUUAAAAAUAAGAUGCUAUAAUUAAUAUAUAAAAUAUAUAAGUUAUAAAUUAUACAUUAUUACAAAUUGUAAAUAACCUGUAGACAAAGAUAGCGGUAGAUAUUUUAGUUUGUGCAUUCAGUUAGUAUCGCAAGACAAAGUAUACAACCGAAAUUGUAGAAGUGGUAUACAGAUAAUCAAACCUUCUAUUAUCCAAAAUUAAAGUAUCGAACGGAAGAAAUCAGUUGCAAUAAAGCGAUUAAUUACAUUGGCAUUGAGUACGUGAUCGCACCUUUUCCAUCAUGCACAUAGAAUAAUGAUUACGAGAUGACAGUUGCUGCUAUCAAUUAACAAGGGACCGAGAAAUCUCAAUCGCAGCACUUGCGGUUGCAACAUUUAAAAGCUAACUAGAUCAGGCGAACAAGAAAAUCACAUAGGGUGAGAAGUCGUUUCAUCUGACGGUAUCUCUUGAUAACAUAGUCGAUUAGUUUGUUUAAUGGCUGAUUUUGACAAGCAUGAAUUACUACGUGGUUCGUUACCACAAAUCACUUGAAAGAAGAGAAAGAAAAAUAGAAUACUCAGUAUUAUAGGCCCUAUUAGUCUUUUUCUUCAACGUUUUAAUUGAAAAGACGAUUUUGUGCUGAAAAAAAUUACGUUAACAAUCUUUUGUAAUUUAAUAAAAUAAUAAAAAAGAAAUUAAAC